AAUGUCCUAUGCAGCCCACGGUUUAACGGUUUGCCCGAAUUGAAUUUACACACUUUAUAUGUACCAGAGUAUUUAACGAUUAUUUUAUUUUCCACAGAAGUAAUAUUUUUCUAAAAUACGUUUGAGCCUAUAAGACACAAUUUUACUUCUCAACACAAAAGAACUAAGAUGAUAUUUAGCUAUAAAAUAAACACAACCAUAUCCAACAUUGAUGCUAUUCUCAAGAAGCUAUUCUAGCUAUUAGAUGCUAUUCUGGCGCCUUCGACGCUCUUCACUUUAUUUACUGCGCGCCAAUUAUGGAAGAAAAUCAAUUUGGCCGCUCACAGAACCAUUGAAACCAAUUAAUUUCCGAUUCCGUUUCGCCCACUUAACUGACGCUACGAGAGGUGUCAUGGAGCGAAUUUUGGUCUUUGUUUGUAUUUCUUCUCUGGUGGUCACUUUUCAUAUUACAACUGGUAGAAAGCUCAGUUUGAGACAAGGGCCACCACAGGAAGAGCCGCCGGGACCUAUCGUCAUCACAUACCUAAAAAACUGCACAAUGUGCCCCAGACAUUACAAGCCAGUAUGCGCUUCCAACGGCCACUGGUACCACAAUCCCUGCUUCAUGGCAUGCGAGGUCGGUGACAACAGUAGCGUCAGCAUCUUGUACGAAGGCAUGUGCAGACCUAAACACAUGGAUGACCGAAUUAUAGAAACGACUGAACCACCAGAAAACAUGGACGACCAAAUUAUAGAAACGACUGAACCACCAGAAAAUAUGGAUGACCGAAUUAUAGAAACGACUGAAUCACCAGAAAAAAUGCAUGCCCGAAUUAUAGAAACGACUGAACCAACAAAAGAAACAUGUGCGAAUUCAUGCCCGGGUGAUUACAUUCCAGUAUGCGCAAGUAAUCUCAAAUGGUAUAGUAACACGUGCUUAAUGGAAUGCGAUAACGCUAAAGAAGCCCCUGAUAAGACAUAUUGCACUGCAACUAUAGCUCCAUUGGUAGUUGAAGAACAUUAUAGAGCUGACUGUAACUGUUCGAUGGUGUAUGACCCAGUAUGUAUGGAUGACGGUAAAUGGUAUUAUAACAUUUGUAUGAUGGAAUGUAUUACUGGUUACUAUAUAAGGAAAGAAAUGAUCAAUUAUUAUGGAAAGUGUAUUCAGUUUUAGUAGCAGAGUCUCCUUUGGUAGAGGAGAUUUUGUUUGUCGGUUGAUUGGGAAGAUACUGAUAGAUACCUUUCCGAUUACUUAUUAAAUUAAAUUAUUUUCCCCACCGAGGAAUUUUCUUUAAAUAUACACCGUGCGCCAAUUAAAUCCGACAUUUUUAACCACGCAUUACUUAGGUAAUAAGAAGCAAAAAAAUGUUAUAUGAGUUUUGGCCAAAUUCUCUUUUUGCGACUUUUGCACACGCCACGUUUUCACACCUUGGUGAAAAAAAAAAUCAUUACAACGAAUAAGUUAAGUAGUUUUCUAUUUACAGAAAAAAUGAGUUUAAUUUAAAACUUUAAUGUCUGUCAGUAGGUAUAUCUAAACCAAGUCACAUAGUGGCAGCGUCACAGCUAAAAAGACUUUUUUCACUAAGUUAUAACAGAAACAAAUUUUCACAAAAAUAUUUUUUAAGAAAAAAAACCGACUUCAAUUUGAUUUUGGGUUUCAUACAAUGAAAUUAAAAAGACAGCUGCCUACGCCUAAUAAUGUAGAAAAGAAGGUAAAAUGAUUUUUUUGUCACUGCACCCACCUUCACACAUUUCAGAUUUGCCCUAUGGUUGACUGGUAAGAUACCCGCAAUAGAGUAUUCGCCUGUAUUUAAAAUAAAUUAUUUCAAACCAUGCAUGAAAUAAAGCACCAGAUAAUUAUUAGAAAAACAUAGAUAGCAGUUGUUUUUAAACACAAGUUCUAAAUAAUAAAUAGGAUAGAAAUAUAAAAAAGUAGGUGACUUGACCGUGAAGUGUUUGUAUAAUGUUUCAUAUGAAUUUGUUCAUAUGCUUGAUUUGCUGAUGAAAAUACUAAGAUCUCUAUAUACAUGCCUUUAACAUUUGAGGAGUUACCUCGAUUCCUCAUGAACUCCAUCGUCAGAACUUGAACUUGACAAAAAGUGGUCUUGAAAAUCGAAUUUCCUUAACAAACACAGCGGAGAGGACAAAAUAGCUCAAGAAAAUUAAUAAAAUCAGGAGAAAUAAUUCGUGUAGCUCUGUAAAUUGCUGUAGUUUUAGCUACUAAAUACUAAAAGUUUAACAUACUAAACCAUGUUUUGAUAAACGUUUUAUUUUUGGAAAUAAUUGCUCUGAAAGGAAAGAAAAUAUGUUUCCCCCUCUACCUCCCCUAACUUCUGAACCAUGAAUUCAAAAAUUAUGAAAAAAAACGUGAGAUUAAAAACGUUUUCGUAAAUAGACUAUUUUAUCUUUUUGUUAAUUUAAACACCGUGUAGCUCCUAAAGUAUUAAUCGCAUAGUAAAAAUAAAAAUAACAAAAUUUGUAGGACAUUUUAUGGUCAAACUUUUGUCUGAAGUAAUUAUAAUGCUAUUCGUAAACAUAUUCGAGAUAUGGGCAAAAAUCAGAAAAAAGCUACACCGUCAUUGCAACUCGCAACCUCGAGGACUUUUAGUAUGUUCAUCUGGACACCACGAGGUAUAAUUGUACCAAUUUACAAAAUUACACGAAUCAUUUCCCCUGAUUGCUCAUAUUUGCGUUAAUUUUCUUGAGCUAUAAUGGCUUGAAAAAUAACAUUACUUCCAGUAUACCUACAUACAGGUUAACCCAAUCUCACCUUCAAGAUAUUGAUUUGGCAUUUUUUUAAAGCUAUUGUUAAUGAAAAUUUUAUUUAUAUCGUAAAACAAAUUACUAAAAAUUCGUUGGUAAAGUUUUGUAACAAUACAAAAUAUACAAAUCCUGGUCCCGUCCCAUAUUCCAGGCAUCAAAGUUGACGCUGGUGCGGCCGCAUCCUCAGCCGAAAGCCUCAAGCGUCGCAAGUAUGUCAACCUCGGCAGCCGCUGCUGAUUUUUUUUCGUUUUCGGGGUUGGGCCCAUAGUUGUUCAGUAUGACCUACAUACGAGUAUUUACUCCUCAGAGCAGGUAUGAUCAGACAUAACAAAAUCACUAUAUUAUAUGAACAUUAUCCCAAAUACACCGAUCUUGAAAAUCCACACAGUUUGUCAUGAGCACAUUUAUCUAAGCAUUAUUCGACUUCAUUCCUGAGUUAGGUAAGUAAAGGCGUUCAGCAAUUACAUCUCCGUAAUUAAAAAGUUACGACCAACUUACUACAAUAGUUAUCUCGUACUAAGAAGUACCCUCAAGUUCGCCGCAGUUUGCGCGCGAACUUACAGCGCAGGAAAUGAGCCGACGAAGUUGCUGCACUUUUAAAAAUCGGUCAAGCGCGAGCGGAUUCGGUGACAAUGGUUAAUAUUGGAAAUCAAUUUUUAAUAAAUUGAUACCUCCUAAGUAUUCUACGCCAUGAAUUU